AAGAGUUAUCUCCCUUUUUAUGCGCUCUUCCGAUAGGAGGAGAGAAAAUAGUUUGGUUUCGUUAUGCAAGGUGGACCGAGAAGAUGAUUUUUCCACUGGUGUUAUAUCAUUUCCCAUUUAUCGUAUCAAUAAGAAAACCACAUUAGUAACUUAAAAAGGUUUCCAGCUUCCACAUUGAAGUGAUAUAAAGUGCAAUGACCCUGACAAAGCUUCUUAGUGUAUACAGGGGAAUAGCCAACAGAAGUCAGGUCUUAUUUAAUGAAAAAUAUCUAGUCUGGACCACCACUACAGUUUCGGUUGGACUUUAUGGGGCUGGAGAUCUUCUUGCACAACAUUUACAGGUAAAAAAGAAGAAAAUGAAAGGUUUGGACACUGUUCGCUCAGGAAAAGUGGCAGCAGCGGGCUUCAUAAUCGGGCCAUUCAUACACUACUGGUACAUGUAUCUCGAUCGAAUAUUCCCAGGACGAUGUUUCAGGAUUGUGACUAAAAAAGUUGUUAUCGAUCAGGUCAUCUGCUCCCCUAUAGUGAUUGCAUUGUACUUGUAUACCACGUCAUUAUUUGAAAAGAAAAGUUUGAGAGAAGUUAAUAGAGAGUUACUUCCAAAGAGCAUCGCCCUUUUCAUUGCAGAACUGCCUAUUUGGCCCCCAGCGCAAUAUUUUAGUUUCUUUUUCUUGCCCACAAAGUACAGAGGUGUUUAUGACAAUGUUAUUUCUUUUGGAUAUGAUACGCUAUUUUCUUAUGUGAAAUUUGAUGCAGACCUAGGUUGGACUAAAACAGAGAAGGAAAAACAUGAUUCAUGUAGUGAUGUAACAGUAUGCAUUGAAGAUAAAAUUGAUUCAUCAAAAUCAUUAUGAUUUGAUACGUUAAAUUAAGAUGACAUGUUUAACUGAUUAAUUGUUUCCAAUUUUUAAAUUACCAGUGCCAAUUUCUUAAGAUUUUUAUGAAAAGUUAUUUAUUACACUGUUUAUGUCAAGUUCUUUUCUAAUUGUGUACUGCAUGUAGCUGUCUCCAUUAAAUAAUGAAGACUGGGGAUCCAGAAUUUGUUGGAAUGUUCUCCAGUAAAUUGGAAUAAAAAUAUUU